AUGUCAGAAUUAUUAAAAGAAGUUUCAUUUCGAAAUUUUAUUGAUUCAUUAAAAUUAACACCUAAACAUCGAUUAGUUGAAUUUGGAGACAUAUGGGCUGAAAUAUUUCUUUGGUGUUUUAUGACUUCAAUUGUAAUACAUAUAAUAGCUAGUAUAUUUGCUAUUAGAUCUUUACAAAAUCAUAAAAUUGGACGUUGUUAUUCAAUAGUUAUUAUAUUAUCAGGAAUAAUAACACCAAUUAUUCCAUCAGCUUUUACAAGUGCACUUAUAUCAGCUAUAUUUUAUGCUGCAUCUGUAGAACUAAAACCAUUCUUUUGUUUUCUACUUGGUAUUGGACAAACUGGUGUCAUACUCUUUUUUUCUUUUAUUAAAAUUUUAUCAACAUUAUGA